AUGCAUGCGUUUUUUGGGAAAUAUUUGACGCCGCAUAAGAUUGCUCUACUUGUGUUAGUUGAGCUAUAUUGUAGCUUUCUUCUUCCACCUAAACACACAAUCCCAGUAUUAACAUUGGUUAUGGAACAUUUGGAUCCGUCAUGUGGAACACCUUCUACUUUGAAACAUCUUCAACAAUUUACAAGUGAUAAAGCAAGUCAUCUUCCAGGAAGAAGUAUAUAUGAUAUGAUUCUUAAAAGGCUAUGGGAUCUUCAAUCUUUUGAUGACCUUGUUUCUUUUUUUUCAAGCAUUCCUGGGCUGAUAUCACGGCGGCAAUCGCCACCGGCCAUUGGUCGGCGGCUUUUGUUGUUAAGUCCAUCAUCAUUUCUUGGGUCUUUUGUUAGGAAAUGUGUGGUUGAGUUUAAUAAUCUGCCACUGGACGAUGUAAUCAAUCUUUGGAAAAGUCUUGUUACGUAUAGGAGUAUUUCUGUGCCUAAGUGGCUGCAAAAGAAUCCUGAAAAAACGUCUUUUGGUACAAGCACUACUCUUCAAACAUUAUGGGAGGGAGAUUCUUCUCAGAAAAUACAGAAUGAUUUUGAAGAGUGUUUAUCUGUUUCUGAUAUUGAAAGAUUGUUUGAAUUUCAUGUUAGCAAGAUGCAAACAGAAAAUAAAUGUAGACUAAGCAAAGAAAUGAAGGAACAGUUGACGAAUUUUAUGAAGCAGAAUGUAACUGCUCCACAUGUAGUAAAUUAUGUCAAAUUCCUUGAUUCAUGGAGAUCGGGUGAUUAUAGGACAUCGUUUGACUAUCUUUUUCGUUACUUUGAUUACACAAUGCGUAAUCGGGACAAAACGGGAUAUCAGUAUGCAUUAUUGGAUUUGGCAAUGCUACAGGCUGAUUUUUAUUGUAAUAAGGAGGCUAUUUGGGCCAUUCAGGAAUCCAUUGACACUGCGAGGGAAAAUAAAGAUCACGCUUGCCUUAAUUAUGCUUUAUCCUUUUUAAUUGAAUUUCAAAGAAAAGAAGCUGAAGGUAUAACUGGACAAAGUGUAUCUGAUGAACAAGUUCUGAAUUAUCUUUUGCUGAAAACAAAGGAAACCAAAAUGAUUCAUCUUCAGGCAGUAACUUUUUUAGCAGAAGCCAGGAGAUCUCUUUUGGAGGAGGCUAUGAUAGAUAGAGCCUUUGAAAUGGUUAUGAAAUCUUUAAAUUUGGCUUUAGAGUCAUGUUCUAUGAGCUUAGUCUCGUCUUGUAUACUUAUGCAAAGUGGGAUUUGGUUGAAUUUAGGUUGCUCUUAUCUUUGCUCUGUUUUGUUAUCCAUCUUUCUGAAAUACCCUUCUGAUGACAUGUCUGUUGAAGAAGUCGUCAGGAUGCGUUGUGCUUAUGCGUUUCACUUAUCCAAACAGGGAAAAUUCGAUGAAAGCAAAAAAUUAAUGCUGGAGACUCAAGAAAUCGCAUUUAAAUCCCAUAAGGUAUAUCAUGUAUGGUCAUCUUAUUUCUUGUAUCAAGAAUUAAAACAAGCAAUUCGAAGAAAAGAUCUUCAGUAUGCAGAGAAGUUAUAUAGCCAGCUAUCUUCGAUUGAUGUUGACGGUGAUAUCUCGUUUUAUAUUUCUAUUUCUGAAAUAGAGCUUGAAGCGAAAAAAGGAAAUUUUUCUUUGUCUUUCGAUAAGCUCUCUGACAUGCAGAAUCGUGUUAAGACCGCUAAGUUUGAAGGGCUAUAUCAUCUGACGCUGCUCCUUGUAUCUGCACAACUCUACAUUGAGUGCCAACAGCCUUUAAAAGCCUUUUCAAUUGUAUCCAAAUGCAUCCUUCUGGCAAAGACUUAUCACAACAUGUCUCUAAUAAUAAAAGCGGUUCUACUGUUUUCUCAGAUACUCCUUCAUCUGGAAGAGUUUCUUGCUGCAUACGAUGCUGUUCAGCGCUUAAUGCCGAAACUCCUUGAAACAUCCGAUCUCGAACACGAGAGUUUAGCUUAUUUUAUUAUGGCUCAGUCCAUGCUUGGCCAUCAUCAAAAACACAGAGAUCUUCAAAUGGAUCCUACAACCCGCCAUGAAAUCCACCACUUUCUUGAUCUUGCUCUUAAGGGUACAUCUACCCCCCUCCAUCUUCUUGCUAACAAAACAGGUUUCCAUACACUCCAGGACGUUGAGUAUCAGGACAAAGUCCUCAGCAAAAAGGCAUUAUUCUAUCAAACAGUCGAUUCCCUUUCCCAAUCCUCUUAA